GAGUUUUAAAAGCUGCUUGGCAUCUGAGUGCUUUCAAAUCAAAGGCAGACGUGACAGGACUCGCACCUGCUAGCAUUCACGCGUAUGUGCCUCUGUCCGCUUACUCACAGGUGAAGUCUCAGCUGCACAGCUGUAUCAGUAGACAUCUGGAGAUCCUUCGCUCUCGUGAGGUCUGGCUGCUGGAGCAGAUUGAUCUGGUGGAGCAGCUCAAAGGAGAAACUUUACAUCAGCAGCUACAGCAGCUUCAUUUGCUCAAAGGCCAGUUUGACAUCCUCAUUCAUCAGCUGGAGUACUCCAGUAGUAACAAUCUUGCCACCCAGCUCACCAACUGCCUGGAAAAGCUUUCUUCUCUCAAUCUGACUCCAGAAGAAACCCCAGAGAUGAGUUUCCAAGCAGAUGCACGCAGCUUGCGCCAGGCUAUCACAUCCUUUGGGACCAUUUCCACCCAGAUGGAGACCUCAUAUUCUACUGAGAGACCGAGGCUUCUCCAGGACUGCCCAGUUUCUUGCAAGAGACAGAAAGUAGCUCCUGAAUGGGCCACACCUCUGGCUGAGUGGCUUCUAGGGAACCGUUCAGUAAGCAGCACUCCAACAGGACACCACUUCAGCACAAACUCCCAGAACUGGCUGCUUGUUUCCAAGGAAUCUCAGGUAAACUGUUAAAUAAUUUAAUUUUUCU